CUUUUGCUUAUGUCACAUACUGUCCCAUGGGUACUAAACAGUGCCUGCGGCACCGCCUGUGCCGAUGAGGAAUGAAGGCACUUCGCUUCCGGUACCGCAGGCAUUUCGCCAAUGUUGACAAAUCAAGCGAGAUCGACAAAAUGGGAGUAGCAGGCAAAAUUCUCUGGAUUCUUCUGAUUGGUGGCGUACACUGUACUAAGGCAGCUGACACCAUUAACAUUAAAGUUGGAGUGUUGUUAAUGACGGAGGUGGAUUGGCCCUGGGACUUGAGAAGAGUAGGACCUACUAUUGAGGUUGCUAAAGAAGCUGCGCUGGCAUCUUAUAAUGUAGAUAUCCAGUAUCAAUACCACACAUACCUGGGACAAUGUCCGUUGGAAAAAUCAAUCGGACAUCUGGCAGAACUCCAUUACACGCACAGUGUUGACGCAGUAAUUGGACCUGGUUGUUCCGAAUCGAUUAUGGGCGCUGCCCGGCUAGCGGAAUACUUAGGUAUACCGAUGGUAACAGGAGUUGGGGAUCUGGUGGUCAGGAAUACAUACAACGAUGAUAUGUACGAAACAUUGACGAUACUUUCGUACAAUAUCGGUAAACUCUCAGAUUCUAUAGCAGCAAUUAUGAAGACAUACAAAUGGAAACAUUCAACCGUGAUAUAUGAUUAUCCACUCACAAUAUUCAACAUAGCGGGUUCGAAUCUCGUGAAAGACUUGCGGGACCACAGUGAAGAAUUCGCAAGGCCAUAUGAAAUAACCUUUGAUGGAACACGUUUAACAUCAUCAGAUUACAGUUCUAUUCUUCUAGAAGCCAAGGAUUUUUCAAGAGUAUUUAUAUUCUUCUGCUACGACCGUAUUUUCCGCGAAUUUCUGUGGGCAGCUUACAAAAAUGGAAUGGCGAAUGGAGACUACGUGUUUAUUACUCUGGAGCUCUUCCCAUCUGAUUGGCUGGGACAUUAUAUGAAGUACCUCAAAAAUGACGAUAAGGACUCUGGUGUGAGCAAAGCAUACGAAACAGCCUUGGUGCUAACACUGCGCAAGUUGGACAACCCGGAGUACCUAGAAAUGGCGACUAAAGUGAAAGACCGCGCCAAACUGCCACCCUUUAACUAUGUAUUCCCGCCAGAAGAAGAUGUAAAUUACUACAUCACAGCGUUUUACGAUUCAGUUCUUUACCUAGCUGCCGCAUACAGAAGCAGAGCCGAUGAGCUUAGUUUAGCAGAUCCAAGCACUCAUACAUUUAAUGGCAGCCUCGUUGCCAAGCAACUGUGGAAUAGUUCUUUCAGCGGAAUCACUGGGCCCGUGGCGAUAAACGAAAUUGGUGACAGAAAAGCAGAUUUUGAUCUUUUCGACAUGACAACAUCGGAACAGUGGAGGACUGUAGGACGUUUUCAAGGAGCUUCAGGGUUGUAUACUCCAAAAGGCGGUGUGGAGAUUGUGUGGCCAAAAGGUCUUCCAAAAGACAUGCCUUCUUGCGGUUUCCGAGGAGAAUUGUGUAAACCGGAAUCAAAGGAUACAACAGUCCUCAUUGGUGUGCUGGUUGGUGUGUUCGUAUUUAUAGGGAUCGCUUUAGUUGUGAUGUUCAUCGUUUAUAGGAAAUAUAGAGCGGAGCAAGAACUUAGUGCGAAGACGUGGAUUGUAGAGUUUCAUGAAAUAAAAACACGAAAGGGGAAGUUCAACGAUUCAUUUAUGUCGAAGAGUUUACUGAAUUUAGAGGAUAAGGAAGAAGCGCAGGAAUUCUGUAAGACAUCGUUUUGUCGAAACCAGGUGGUGGCAGUGAGAGCGCUCCAUAUACCGACAAUAGAAGUUACAAGGCAACUUGCUGUUGACUUCAGACAGAUGCAGAUGGCAACUCAUGCAAAUCUGGCAACAUUCGUGGGUGCCUGCUUGCAGCCGGGGAAUACAUCUAUGCUGAUGGAGUAUUGUCCUAGAGGAAGUCUCCAGGAUAUGAUCAACAAUGAAAACAUUGACCUAGACUGGGACUUCCGGUUCUCCCUAAUCCAGGAUGUUAUAAAGGGUAUGCACUACUUGCACAGCUGCCCACUACAAGUACAUGGGAACUUGUCCAGUACUAACUGCGUGAUUGACAGUCGCUUUGCUUUGAAGAUCACCGAUUACGGUCCAGCUUCUUUGCUGGCUCAAGACAGAGCUGCUGCGAGGAAACAAGCUGUAGAAGAAGAAGUUUUUAAUAAAAGAAAACUGCUGUGGACUGCACCUGAACAUCUCGUGAGUACGACAGACACCAGCGGAUACUCCCAGAAGGGUGAUGUGUACUCGUUCAGUAUCGUGCUUCAGGAACUGAUAAUGAGAUCUGAACCAUUUGAAGAAAACAACAUGGAAGCAGAAGAAAUACUAACACAGUUAAAAAGCAAGAAACCCAAACUUCUUCGCCCUAUUGUUGCGGCAGACGCAUGUACUCCGGAACUUAUGGACUUGAUGACGUCAUGUUGGUGUGAUGACCCGCAGGAUAGACCAUCCUUCAACGAUAUUGAUGAAAUAUACAAGAAAAUGAGAAGGGGAAAGGUAACCAAUAUGAUGGACAAUUUACUGAAGAGAAUGUCUGACUACGCAGACAACUUGGAACAUCUGGCAGCAGAGAGGACUAAGGCUUAUCUUGAAGAAAAACAGAAAGUCGAAGAACUCCUUAACAAACUACUACCCGAAUCAGUAUCAAAGCAGCUUCAAGCCGGUCAGAGAGUUGUCCCGGAAUCAUUCGACUGUGUGACAAUCUACUUCUCAGACAUUGUGGGAUUUACCGUAUUAUGUGGCAAAAGCACACCAAUUCAGGUUGUAGAUCUCUUAAACGACCUUUACACAGCAUUCGACAGUGCUAUUGACCAGUUUAGAGUAUAUAAGGUUGAGACAAUUGGUGAUGCCUAUAUGUGUGUAUCGGGUCUUCCGGAGAGGAUAGGAGACGAGCACGCAAAAGAAAUCAGCAACAUGUCUCUCACCAUACUUUAUACACUGAAAAGUUUCAAGAUAAAGCACAUGCCAGACGAACUGCUCAAAGCUCGUAUAGGUCUCCACUCAGGGGCAGUUGUUGCUGGUGUUGUAGGGUUAAAAAUGCCGAGAUAUUGUUUGUUUGGAGAUACCGUUAACACAGCCUCAAGAAUGGAGUCCAAUUCUAUACCUUUUAGAAUUCAUAUAUCAAGCUCAACGAAGAAGUUAUUAGAUCUUACACCUGUGUACAACAUUGAGGAAAGAGGCGAAAUCGAAGUCAAGGGAAAAGGAAGUAUGAAGACGUACUGGUUGAACGAAUUCAACGAAGGUGAACCAGUUUACCCAGGAAGCGAUUUAAUACAAACCGCAAAGAGAGAAGUUGAAGCUUAAGAGACUGUUGCAAUGGUACCAGAAAAAGAUGUUAAGACAUAGAGUCGAAUUUUCAGUGCCAUGCUCUUGAAGUAAUUUGAUCUAAGCGUUCAGCUAUAGAACACGAGUGAUAUGUCGGUGUUAGCAAAAAGAAUAAAAAUUGAAAUGCAAGUACGACAAAGGGUGUUGAAAAUAAAAUUACUUCAAGUUUUAGUAAUGAUUAUAUGAGUGAGAAUUAUUUACAUUUUGUUUUAACAGCAUAUUGUUUCUAUAAUGUUUUUCGUUCACAAAAGAAUUCCUACCAUGCUGUUAAAAUGCAAUUACAAUUUCAAAGGAAGUAGUAUGAAUAAAUUUUAAUGUUACUUAUA